AUGCAGGAGUCCGGCAGCGGCGUCACCUCCGGAACACCCCACGCCCGGACGCUCUUCACGUCCGCGGCGCUCAAGGCCAUGAAACAGGAGGUGCCGGACCACGAGAUCGACAUGCGCGCUGCUUGGGACGCCGCCGAGGGGGGAAUGCACGAGGCCGAAAAGCGGGCGGUCAUCCUCGCCUCCGACCUUCUCCAUGGUACUUCUCGCGGCCUGAAGCUGCAAGAUCUCUACAAAGAGCAGCAGACGAACGCCGCCGAGAAGGCCAAGGUCGUGGAAGCGGCGGGUGCAACCACUCUCGACCUCCAGCGGAAGCUGGCCGAGUCCCGUGCGCACGCGGACGCCGCAGAGGCCAAGUAG